CAUUAAGCAAUUAACCAUGAAGGCUGAAGAUAAGACCAACAUAAAAUUUAAACGACCUUUUUGAAUUUUCUUCUGACAAAUUUGAAUAGUAGGUCAGUGGAAUUAUUAUUUAUUAAUUAUUAGAAUUUAGAAAUGUUUCCCAAACAUAUUACUGCAGUUGUUGGUAUUUCAAGCUUUUGCCUUGGAAUAUGGAUGGAUAGAAAAUAUAGGGAAUUAAAUGCAUCGCACAGAGUACCAGGAUUUAAAAUAUUUGAUGCAGUGUAUGCUGAUGGUAUUGUGUCCAAUAAUCAAGAACUAAUUAUUAAUAAUGAACAGCGAGUAUCCCAGAUUAUGAAGUAUGGAUUUCCAAGUUUGGAUAAUGUACGUUCAUAUAAGAACUUUGUUCUUUCUUAUGAUCAAAGGAAUCGUAUACCCCAUUGGGUUUUAGAACACCUCACACCAGAAAGCGUGGCGUAUAAUCCUAAUGUAGAUAGAGCAUCAUGUGACUUUUAUGAAGAUAAAUCAUUUCAUGAGUUUUAUCGGGCUACGAAUAAAGAUUAUAAAAAUAGUGGUUUUGAUCGUGGACAUCUAGCAGCAGCUGGAAAUCAUAAAUCAAGUCAGGAAUUAAUAAAACAAACAUUUGUCUUAUCAAAUAUUGCUCCACAAGUUGGUAAAGGAUUCAAUCGAGAUGCUUGGAAUAAUUUAGAAAAAUAUGUUAGAAAAAAAGCAAAACAUAAUAAAAAUGUUUAUAUUUGUUCUGGUCCACUUUUUUUGCCAAAAAAAGGAGAUGAUGGAAAAUUAUGGGUCAAAUAUCAAGUAAUUGGAGAUAAUCACGUUGCUGUUCCAACACAUUUUUAUAAAAUUAUUGUUACUGAAAGUACAGAGUCUAAAUUUUAUUUAGAAUGUUAUUUAAUGCCCAAUCAAGUAAUUCCUGAUGACAUACCAUUAAAAGACUUUCAAAUGCCUUUGGAAGUAAUUGAACGUGCAUCGGGACUACAAUUUUUCAAGAGAUUGACACUUGAUAAAUUUAUAAAACUUAAUUAAUAAUUAGAAUCAGAUGACUUAGUAUUUAACGCAUACAAUUAUGUGUUAUAAAUAUAUCAAUUGUAUGAAUUAUAAUAAAAUUAUAUAUAUAAAAUA